AUGCAGUUCUUGAGUCGACCGUGGAGCUCAUCUUCUAGUGAUUUCCUGCAAAUGUUUUCAUCAAGUAAUAAUCUCUUGUUGAAAGACACAGAGGAUUAUGAUGCAGAAAUGCUGGAGAGCUCAACCAACAAACACUACAUUAAGUUGGACUUGCAUCACAUGAAGGGAUGGCUAAAAAGCAAAUCUCCAUUUUGCUUCUUUAGAUCAUCACAUCAAGAAAAGAAAGAGAAACUCCGGUUACAAACUGCAAAAUUACAUGCUCUACUUUCUCUCACACAGCUUGCUUCAGCAAUUUCUGGCUUUGCCAGCAAUAGCAGCUCCGGAAUUCUAGACUCACAGCAAAUUAAUUGGAGCCACAAUAUGGGUAGCGUAGUUGCUUCUGCUGCAGCUCUGAUGACAACAGUAUGUGCCGAGGCAGCAGAAUCUCUGGGAGCAGGAAGAGCUCAGGUUGCAUCUGCAGUCAAUUCUGGCCUGGCCAUCCAAACUCCUAUGGAUAUGAUCUCAGUGACAGCAACAGCAGCCACAUGUACAGUAUUUCUGAUUUUCUUAUGGUCACAUUAG